AUGGCUGAGCCGCUGGAGCGGCGGCAUCUCUCUUUCGUCAUUGCUUAUGAGGCGGAGAAGGAUGCGGAGUGCUCCGACGCGCUGGAGGAGCCGGAGCGGCAGCGUCUGUCUUCCGCCGUUGCUGACAAGGCGGAGGAGGAGGCGGACUGCUCGGAUGCGUUGGAGGAGCCGCUGGAGCGGCGGCAUCUCUCUUUCGUCAUUGCUUAUGAGGCGGAGAAGGAUGCGGAGUGCUCCGACGCGCCGGAGGAGCCGGAGCGGCAGCGUCUGUCUUCCGCCGUUGCUGACAAGGCGGAGGAGGAGGCGGACUGCUCGGAUGCGUUGGAGGAGGUGAAGGAGAAGGCAGAGUGCCGGCCUCACGCGCCAGAGGAGCCGUAG